AUGUCAUCAUUAGCUAACGAUUUUGAAAAGGUUCUUCGUGCAUUUAUUCCGAAAGAGCUGAUUCCGGCAACGUGGAAGUUUGACGAAAAGAAAAGACGUGUGGAAAACAUCCAAUCCCUCAUGAAAUGCGGUCAACUUGGGAUAGUCAAGUCAGCCGAACAGCUAAAUAGGGAUAUCGGCAGUUACAUGGGUUUUCCGGGCAGCACUCAACAUUUCGAAAUAGACUCAGUGGUUGCACCGUCUCCUGAUGAUUACACAAGUUUGAAGAAUACAAUGUAUAUUUACAAAAGGGAUUUGUUUUUGUUGUUCGAUUUCAAAGAUAUUUCUUCACUGAGAGAAUGCCAAAGAGAAGAGGUCGAAUGGGUUCUGAAUGAUUGUUUGCAACAAAUGGAUUUUGGGAGUCACCAUGAGAUGAUCGUGAAACCGGACAUCAAAACAAUCAUUAAGGACGGCGAGGAGAUACUGAAAAAUGUGAUGCCGUUUCUCGAAUUAUCGAAAGAUUGUGAGAAAAUUUAUGAAGACUCUAAAAAACGGUUCUUGGAAACGUUACAUGUUGAUAUUAGAGAGACCGUUUCGGAUUGUUUGGAGGGCAUAAUCGUGGAUCACUCAACCGAAAAGUAUCAUUUCGAGCUAUUACUAAUCAUUAAUUGGAUCGGAUUUAUUAUGAAGGGAAUUGAGAAUUUUGUUAAAAAGGAAUCCAUCAACUUGCCACCACUCAAUUCAGCAUCCCUGACAAAACCAAUCAUCCGACUCUUCUCCAUUGACAAAAAUCACUUUGUGAUGGCUGACGAAUUGCUCAAAACUUUGAAGAAAUGUAAUAUGGAUGUGUCUGGAUUCGAGGAAGAAGUGUUCGGAAUGAAGGAAUUGUCUACAUUCACUUUCAGAGAAGUUUCUCAGAAAGUCGAUAAGGAUGUUAUGAAGAAUCUGGAAUUUGUGAAAAUGGACGACUUUCGUUUGAUUUUUGCACAGACGCCAAUCCCGACAUGCGAUGGAGGGUACUGUAACCUUGCAGUGGAUGUUCUCCGUGAUGUUCUGAUGGAUAUCAUUGUCGCAAAGAAGGUGUUUCAGACAACUAAAGAGAAGAAUUGGAUUCAUAUCAAGAAGUUUUUCAAGUCAGUUGAAAAAUACUUUGAUCGGACCAGAGGAGUUUACUUCAUUGAUUUGAAGAAUGUCAAAACAAUCAAGGAGUUAUGGGAAAACGAAUACAACUCUCACUUGAAGCAUUCCUUAUCGAGCUCAAAACUGAUGACGACUUCAAAAAAGAAUCUAGCAGUGGAUCUAGCAGUGGUGCAGUGCCAAAUCAACAGUCUUGUCAGAAAAGUGCCAAUGCUAUUGGAAUUCAUUCAUAAACAAGGAGCAUGUGACAGGUUGAGUAUCGUGGGAUGUGAAUUAUGUGAUGGGAAAACACUGACUGAGGAUUCUGCUCAGCCCCAAGGAUCUGAAAAAAGUGAAGAUGCACUGCAGAAGAAAAUGAAGCCUCAAUCAUCAAAAGAUACACAGUCAGAACCUGAAAAAUUGAAUUCGGAAGAAGCAAAAUCUGAUGUGACUACCAAGAAAAAACCAGAACCGAAAGAAUCGAAUGCCUGUCCAAAAUGCGAACGAGCUGGAAAGUUUACGCGAGAAGCCAAUCAGAAGUUGAGAAUUUCGAAGAUUGAAGUGAAGCAACUGAAGAAGGAUCUUAUCAGAAAUCAACUGGAAAACGAGGAAAUCAAACAAAAAGUGAUGGACAAGGAUGAGAGAAUUCGGAUGUUGGAGAGACUUCUGGAAGAGAAGGAUGACGUCAUCAAGGAGCAGGAGGAAAAGAUGAGAGAACAAGCGACAAUAAUUCAGGGGUUUCAGACAAUUGAGAAGGAAGAGGAUACUCAAACUGUAUUCGAUGAGAAAAUUAAAAAGAUCAAAAGUGCCCAAUCCAACCUGCUUGCUAUCAAAAAAACACUGGAAGUUGAAAAUCCGGUAUUUAAGUGUGCUGAAGUGAUGCAUCGAUUCAUCAUGAACACCGAAAAUGAGGAAACAAAACAAAUGGCAAAAAUGGAGAUGAGAAGAUUUGAAAAGGAGGCUACAGAAUAUACAGAAGCUGUGGAAGAUCGACUUGCCAUGAUACAAUGCAAUCAGUUCGACGCAGCCGAAGAAAUCCCAGAGCUCCCGGAGUUCCCUGUAUUCUCGCAAAAAUUUCGAAGCAUUUAUAAGAAUAUUAUGAAGUCGAAACCGCCCGUAAUCUGCCAACAACUCCUAUCAUCGUCAGAAAACGCUUCAGAUGAGUUAGAAGAUACCGAGUGUGUGAUCUGUCUUAACAACAUGAACCUGGAGGAUGAGACUACAAAAUGUGGCUAUUGCAAGAGGAGAUAUCACAAUGGAUGUAUUCAAGAUUGGCUGAAAGUGAAGAUGAUUUGUCCAACUUGCGAUUCAGGACUUUUGGAUGAGGAGGAGUUCCCAGUGUUGGUCUAA